AUGAUUUUCAACACUCUCAUUACCACUCUCCUUUUCGCCCUCUUUACCCUCACCCACGCUCGCGAGGUGCCUGCAAAUGUCCGAGAAUUUUACGACAAAGUCAAAGGCGGCGAAUGCCCCGUUGCCGUCGCCAAAGGUUUCUCCCAAGGAGCGUACUCUGGUGAAUCGAACUACUGCGUUGAUAAAGACCAUACCGUGAUGUGGAUCACUACCCCUAGUGGCCUCGCCGAUAUGGAUAUUGAUUGCGACGGCGCCAACCAGGGCUAUGGAAAGUGUGCCAAUGACCCAACCGGCCAGGGUAUGACAAGCUUUGUAGGCGAUGUCGUGAAGCACGGUCUCUCCGACUUGGACUCCAACACGCACAGCUUUGUCGUCUUGGGAAACCACGGCUUCGACCCUCAGUCGCUGGGAAUCAAGCCCUUAAGCUUGGUAGCGGUUAUUUGCGGAGGUCAAUUGUUCUACGCUAUUUGGGGGGAUAGCAAUGCUACUGAUAAGGUCGGCGAGGCUAGCAUUUCGUUAGCAAAUGCCUGCUUUGGAGAUUCCAUGACAGGAAACAGUGGGCACAACCAGCAUGAUGUUCUAUAUCUUGCCUUCCCAGGGGAGGAUGCUGAUGCCUCGAAGACUUGCAAUUGGGGUGCAAAAUCCUUUGCUGAAUUUGAGGAUUCUUUGGGGCCUCUUGGCGACAAAUUGGUUGCUGGCAUCCAUGCUUAG